AUGGGCGCCGAUACCAAGUUUGUCCAAUGCCCUGAAGGCGAGCUUCAGGUUCGCAAGGAGAUCGUCCACACCGUCAGCCUCCAUGAAAUCGACGUCAUUAACUCGCGUUCACAGGGCUUCCUGGCCCUCUUCUCCGGCGAUACUGGCGAGAUUCGGAGUGAAGUUCGGGACCAGAUCAAUACCAAGGUGGCUGAAUGGAAGGAAGAGGGCAAGGCUGAGAUUAUUCCUGGUGUCCUGUUCAUUGACGAGGUCCACAUGCUCGAUAUCGAGUGCUACUCCUACAUCAACCGUGCCCUUGAGGCUGAGUUGGCCCCUAUCGUCAUCAUGGCUAGCAAUCGUGGCCAGUCACGCAUCCGCGGAACCACCUACACCUCUCCUCACGGCCUACCCCUUGAUUUCCUCGAUCGGGUUGUUAUCGUUAGCACACAGAUGUACUCUGGUGACGAGAUCCGUCAAAUUCUCGCCAUCCGAGCGCAGGAAGAAGAGAUCGAUCUUUCGCCUGAUGCUCUCGCCCUUCUCACCAAGAUUGGUCAGGAGUCAAAUCUGCGUUAUGCCAGCAACAUUAUCACUACUUCACACCUCUUGAGUCAAAAACGCAAGGCCAAGGAGGUCAGUGUUGAUGACGUCCAGCGCAGCUUCCGAUUGUUCUAUGACCCCGCUCGGAGUGUGAAGUUCGUCAACCAAUAUGAACAGCGCUUCAUCGGUGAUCAAGGUGCUGUUAGCUUCACUGCUGCUACAAAUGGCGACGCCAUGGAGCUUUCUUAA